CGGAGCCGGGCGGCGGCGGCGGGCAGGGGCGGCUCGGAGCGGCCGGGCUCGGCUCGUUCGGCUCCUUCCUCGGCGUCUCCGCUGCCCGGCCCCGGCCCGGUAUGGCCGCUCGGAUGCCGCCCGUCCUCCGCUCCGCCGCGCUGCUGCUGCUGCUGCCGGCGGUGCUGCCGGGCGGCGGGCCCGGCUCGGCGGCGGCAUCCCCGGCGGCGGCGGCGGCGUCCCCUCCUCGGGAGCCCCCCGGUCCGUGCCGGGUGAAGACGGUGACGGUGUCCACGCUGCCGGUGCUCCGCGAGAACGAUAUCAGCUGGAGCGGUGCCCCCCCGCCCGCCGCCGCCGCUGCCUCCGCCGCUUCUUCUGCCGCCGCCGCCGACUCCCGCUUGCUGCUCUUCGUCCGCAGCGAGCUGCCCGGCCGCGUCGCCGUGCAGGACGACCUGGACAACACCGAGCUGCCCUUCUUCACCCUCGAGAUGUCGGGGACGGUGGCUGACAUCUCGCUGGUGCACUGGAAGCAGCAGUGGCUGGAGAACGGCACCCUGUACUUCCACGUCUCCAUGAGCAGCGCCGAGCAGCUCUCCCGGGCCACCCCUCCCAGCCUCCAGGAGCCUUCGGAGAUAGUGGAGGAGCAGAUGCACAUUCUUCACAUCUCUGUCAUGGGUGGGCUGAUCGCGCUGCUCCUGCUGCUCCUGGUCUUCACGGUGGCCCUGUACGCCCAGCGGCGCUGGCACAAGCGCCGCCGCAUCCCGCAGAAGAGCGCCAGCACCGAGGCCACCCACGAGAUCCACUACAUCCCCUCCGUGCUGCUGGGCCCCCAGGCCCGCGAGAGCUUCCGCAACUCGCGCCUGCAGGCCCACAACUCGGUCAUCGGGGUGCCCAUCCGCGAGACCCCCAUCCUGGAUGACUACGAGGACGAGGAGGAGGAGGAGACGCCGCGGCGGGCAGAGCCCAGCACCAGGGAGGAUGAGUUUGGCAGCCAGGUGACACGGACGCUGGAGAGCCUGGGCCGAGGCGGGGAGGAGAAGCCCGACUAUGAGAAAAAAGCUCCCGAGGUGACGCAGGAGACGGUGGAGUCCCUGAUGCAGAAGUUCAAGGAGAGCUUCCGCACCAACACGCCCAUCGAGAUCGGUCAGCUCCAGCCCGCGCUGCGCAGCACCUCCGUGGGGAGACGCAAACGCCGGAGCCGGCCCCGAGGUGGCAUCGGGUUUGGACGCGCCAAAGGCAACUCGGGCUCGGAGGCAGACGAUGAGACCCAGCUCACCUUCUACACCGAGCAGUACCGGAGCAGGAGGCGAAGCAAAGGUUCGAUGAAAAGCCCCAUCAACAAGACAGCCCUGACCCUCAUUGCGGUCAGCUCCUGCAUUCUUGCCAUGGUGUGCGGCUCCCAGCUCUCCUGCCCGCUGACUGUAAAGGUGACACUUCAUGUACCCGAGCACUUCAUCGCCGAUGGCAGCAGCUUCGUUGUGAGCGAAGGCAGCUACCUGGACAUCUCCGACUGGCUGAACCCAGCCAAGCUGUCCCUUUACUACCAGAUCAAUGCCACGUCACCCUGGGUGAGAGACCUCUGUGGGCAGAGGACCACCGAUGCCUGCGAGCAGCUGUGCGACCAAGAGACAGGGGAGUGCAGCUGCCACGAAGGCUACGCCCCAGACCCCGUCCAUCGGCACCUGUGUGUGCGCAGUGACUGGGGACACAGCGAGGGGCCGUGGCCCUACACAACGCUGGAGAGGGGAUACGACCUGGUCACAGGAGAGCAGGCGCCGGAGAAGAUACUCAGGUCCACCUAUAGCCUGGGACAAGGCCUGUGGCUGCCGGUCAGUAAGAGCUUCGUGGUGCCCCCCGUGGAGCUUUCCAUCAAUCCCCUCGCCAGCUGCAAGACAGAUGUGCUGGUGACAGAAGAUCCAGCAGAUGUCAGGGAAGAAGCGAUGCUGUCCACCUACUUCGAAACCAUCAAUGACUUGCUCUCCUCCUUCGGGCCGGUCCGGGACUGCUCCCGCAACAACGGCGGCUGCACCCGCAACUUCAAGUGCGUGUCGGACCGCAAGGUGGACUCGACGGGCUGCGUGUGCCCCGAGGAUCUCCGCCCCAUGAAGGACGGCACCGGCUGCUACGACUACUCCAAGGGCAUCGACUGCUCGGACGGCUUCAACGGCGGCUGCGAGCAGCUCUGUCUGCAGCAGACCCUCCCUCUGCCCCACGACCCCUCGUCCAGCACCAUCUUCAUGUUCUGCGGGUGCGUGGAGGAGUACAAGCUGGCCCCCGACGGCAAGUCGUGCCUCAUGCUGUCCGACAUCUGUGAGGGCCCCAAGUGCCUGAAGUCAGACGCCAAAUUCAACGACACGCUCUUCGGGGAGAUGCUGCACGGCUACAACAACAGGAGCCAGCACGUCAACCAGGGCCAGGUGUUCCAGAUGACCUUCAGGGAGAACAACUUCAUCAAGGACUUCCCGCAGCUGGCCGACGGCCUCCUGGUCAUCCCGCUGCCCGUGGAGGAGCAGUGCCGUGGUGUCCUGUCCGAGCCCCUGCCUGACCUCCAGCUCCUCACCGGAGACAUCAAGUACGACGAGGCCAUGGGCUACCCCAUGGUGCAGCACUGGCGCGUCCGGAGCAACCUGUACCGGGUGAAGCUCAGCUCCAUCACCCUCUCUGCAGGCUUUGCAAACAUCCUGAAGAUCCUGACCAAGGACAGCAGCCGGGAGGAGCUGCUCUCCUUCAUCCAGCAGUUCGGCUCGCACUACAUCGCGGAGGCGCUGUACGGCUCCGAGUUCAGCUGCACCAUCCACUUCCCCAGCAAGAAGGUGCAGCAGCAGCUCUGGCUCCAGUACCAGAAAGAAACAACGGAGCUCGGCAACAAGAAGGAACUGAAGUCCAUGCCAUUCAUCACCUACCUCUCGGGGCUGCUGACUGCACAGAUGCUGUCUGACGACCACCUCAUCUCCGGCGUGGAGAUCCGCUGCGAGGAGAAGGGGCGCUGCCCGUCCACCUGCCACCUGUGCCGGCGCCCGGGCAAGGAGCAGCUCAGCCCCACGCCCGUGCUGCUGGAGAUCAACCGCGUGGUGCCCCUGUACGCCCUGAUCCAGGACAACGACACCAGGGAGGCUUUCAAGGGCGCCCUGAUGAGCUCCUACUGGUGCUCGGGGAAAGGCGACGUGAUCGAAGACUGGUGCAGGUGCGACCUCAACGCCUUCGACGAGAACGGACUGCCGAACUGCAGCCCCCUCCCGCAGCCCAUCCUGCGGCUGUCCCCAAAUGUGGAGCCCUCCAGCACCGUGGUGUCUCUGGAGUGGCUGGACGUGCAGCCUGCCAUCGGGACCAAGGUGUCCGACUACGUCCUGCACCACAAGAAGGUGGACGAGUACACAGACACCGACCUCUACACAGGAGAAUCCUUGAGCUUUGCGGAUGAUUUGCUUUCCGGCCUUGCAACGUCCUGUGUGGCAGCUGGUAGGAGCCACGGAGACGUCCCCGAAACCAGCCUCUAUUCGGUUAUUUUCAAAUGCCUGGAACCAGACGGUCUGUACAAAUUCACCCUCUACGCGGUGGACACGCGAGGGAGACACUCGGAGCUGAGCACGGUCACCCUGAGGACAGCCUGCCCACUGGUGGAUGACAGCAAGGCAGAAGAGAUAGCUGACAAGAUCUACAACCUCUACAACGGCUACACCAGCGGGAAGGAGCAGCAGACAGCCUACAACACGCUGAUGGAGGUCUCUGCUUCCAUGCUCUUCCGAGUCCAGCACCACUACAACUCCCACUACGAGAAGUUCGGGGACUUCGUCUGGCGCAGCGAGGACGAGCUGGGGCCCAGGAAGGCGCACCUGAUCCUGAGGAGGCUGGAGAAGGUGAGCGGUCACUGCUCAACCCUGCUGCGCAGCGCCUACAUCCAGAGCCGCACCGAGACCAUGCCCUACCUGUUCUGCCGCAGCGAGGAGGUGCGGCCGCCCGGCGUGGUGUGGUACAGCAUCCUGAAGGACACCAAAGUGACGUGCGAGGAGAAGAUGGUCUCCAUGCUGCGCAACACCUACGGGGAGUCCAAGGGGCGGUGAAGGAAGGUGUGGGCCUGAGCUGUGGGAGGCAGAGGGGUGCUGAGGAGUUGAGGACUUGUGAUGGCUUGAGCGGCUUGGGGAUGGGUGGUGGUCGGAGGGGUGGAAGGGGACAGCGAGGCCAAACAGGACUUUCUCACACCAACUGCAGAGAAACACGAAAUCAGCAAGUUGGACUUUAAUUUCCUUUCUUUUUUUUUUUUUUUUUUUUUUUAAUUUUCAAGAGGAAAAGAAAAAAAAAUGAAAAAAAAAAAAAAAAGAAGCACCUGAUUUGUCUCAGCAUAAAAGUCUCUCCUUUUUAAUCUUUUCUUACUGAAUUUCCUGGACUACAUGCUCCAAAACCCUGGGAGGAGGAGGUGUACCCGCUAGAGUUAGAGCGAGAGGCUGCAGAGGAGAGCUGCUGGGUGGGGGGAGAGCCCUGCCUGCCCUCUGUGCCCUGCCUGCCCUGUGUGCCCGGCGUGCCCUGUGUGCCCUGCCAGGCAGGAGCCGUGGCACAAGGGACCUUGGUGUCACCACAGCCAGGGCCACCAGGAGCACCCUGGCUGCAGGAGGCUGCGAGCACCAUGCCCGGAGGCGGGUGCCAGGCAGGUGCGAGGACGCUGCAGGCACGCUGGGUGUGUUUUACCACCCCGAGGUGGCAGAAGGGCUCCGUGCCUUUGUUCGCAAGGCUCCUGGCAGCUUGUUCUGUGCAUUAAAGGUUCAUAUUAAGUCCA